AAAGCACAAUAAAGGCGAGAGGGGCGGGGGGGAUUCCUUUCCCUAUAUGUCUUAACACGAGAAACUCUCCUGGGCUCCUUCGCCUCCCUUCCCUUUCUCCCCCCUCCCCCCCAAGCAUCUACAAUCAACCAACCCGAAUCGAAUAAGCAAAUGGAAAUCACAAACCCCGACUUACCACCAAAUUGGCCAACGCAAACACAGAUACAACCACCCUCAAAAGGGAAAAAUAAACGCCGAGCUCCGAAAUCCCGCACGGGAUGUGAGAGUUGUAAGAAGCGACGGCGACGAUGCGAUGAGAGCAAGCCUGCUUGUUAUGAGUGUCAGCGGCGGGGGCAGACGUGUCCCGGGUAUACUCGGCCGUUUAUACGGUGGGGGGAUGAGGGGGAAAAGAGGAGGAAGAGGGUUGCUGGGGCUGGGGAAAUUGGGAGGGGGGAUGGGGCUGUGGCUCUGGAGGGAGAAGAAGAAGAAGGGAUUGAUGCUCAGGCGAACCCCGUUGACUUGGAUAUCGGGCUUCUCACGGAGAUGGACGGAGGUAGUCUGGCUGACCUUCUACCGGCACCAACUCCUCAGGCGCUGCACAAUGCCCUCGCUCUACCAGGCCUGUCGUCUGCCGGCACCCCAAACCAGAUAGACAACCUGGAGAAUCUCCGGCGACGACUCACAGACACCUCCAUACCCUCAUUCCUCGUGCACCUCCCCGCCCUGCUGGUGGAAUACUACUUUGACUACGUCUGCGCCAUGUGGUCGUCGUUCGACUCGGACCUCAACCCCUUCCGCACCAACAUCGCGCGCCUCUGGAGCCAGAACGCCCCCAUCUACUACGCCAUCCAGAGCAUGGCCGCCGCCUCGCUGGCCGGCGACUUUCCCGGCAUGCGCGCCGUGGGCGCCCAGAUGCAGCGGCGGGCCAUCCACGCCCUGCAGGAGGCGAUGGCGGUGUCGCCGACGCUGAACGACGAGAAUCUAUUCUACGGCCUGUUGAUGGUCGGGUCGACCACCGCGUGGCACAACGGGGGCGACCUGGGGUUGUCCUAUCUCCAGGCCGCGCGGCGGUUCCUCGUGCGACAGAGCCGGAGCCACGGACACAAAUCUCCCACAUCAUCCUCGAAUUCGGAGGUCCUCACCCAACAGUAUCCAUUUUUCAAGCAGUGUCUAUUAUACUGGAACAUGCUAGCCGCGUUCGUCGCGCAGGAUAUCUCGGAUGUCGGGGCUGCUGACAGCGACGGCGACAGCGACCACCACCUACCGAUCUACGUGGUCAACGGCCAACCCCUUCUACACCCGUGGACGGGGCCUCUCCCCACUGCUCUGCAGUAUUUCUAUCAGAUCGCACGCCUCAUUCGGUCUGCGCGCCACGCGCCACCCAUCAGCCUGACCACUUCCCCAGAAACCCAGCAAACAAACCCACUCCCCUACGACGACGCCAUCCACUCAACUCCCCACGCGAAAGCCCAAACCCUCGAAACCGAGCUCCUCACCUUCGACGUCGAUGGCAUAGGCCACCACCUCCCGACAGGCGACACCAACACCCCGUCGAACCACUUCACCAUCCUCGCCGACGCCUACCGCUGCGUCGCCCUGCUGCAGAUCUACCACGCCUUCCCGGCCAUCCUCGUCUCGAGACUCCACUCUCAGCAAGACGUCCACAUACCCGAGCAUCUGGCUCUGCCCAUCCUCUCCUCGGGAAUGACCCCCCGCCAAUUCCGACGGCACCUCGCCCUCCACAUCAUCGCCUUACUAGAAACCCUCCCCGUCACCUCAGGGACGAGGGUAAUGCAGCCCGUCCUCCUGGCCGCGACGGCGGGGAGUCUGGUUUUCUCGAGAGGAACACCGCUAGGCGUGGCGGCGGACGCGUGGGCGCCGUUCGACGCCGUGGAUGUGGAGAUUGCGCAGGCGCGGCGGCGCGUGAGCGCGCGGCUGGCGGAUCUCACGCGGAUUCUGCCGCGGCCGCCGCUGGAGCGGGUGGGGGAUUUGGUGCGCGAGGUGUGGAGGCGGGCGGAUGAUGCGGGUGCUUGUGGGGGGGAGGAGGGGGGUGGAGGUCAGGAGGAUCCGGAGGAGGCUUUUUGGUUAGAUGUUAUGAUGGAGAGAAGGUUGGAGACUAUUAUGGGGUAGCAUGUCUGCUUGGCUCUUGGAUGGGAAGUGGGGAUGUUGUGGAGGGCACUGCUAUGGGUUAGUGGAGAUAGGGAUAGAUUGUGAGGGGGGUGGCGUGGCGAUAUGAUGAAUGAUCCUUAGGGUAGAAUUUCUACAGUAGACUGUACUGUACUCACUUCUGUGAGGAUCUUGGGUCUAUAAACUGCCCCUCAGAUGAUGUGACGACCCCCAAAGCACUGUACUUCAAAC